GGGAGGCCGGGGUGUGGAAAGUGUGGCGGCCCCGCCCCGUCUCUUGGAACUGCCGGGGCCGCCACCGCUGCCGCCGCCGCAGCUGUAGGGGACCGGCGCCGGUGCGCAGGCAAAAGGAGCUCUUUCCCUGCUGAAAGUUCCCUGGGAAAAGCUAGCAUCUCCCCAGCCCACCAUGGCGGAUGAAAUUGAUUUCACUACUGGAGAUGCUGGGGCUUCCAGCACUUACCCAAUGCAGUGCUCGGCCCUGCGCAAAAACGGCUUCGUGGUUCUCAAAGGACGACCAUGCAAAAUAGUGGAGAUGUCAACUUCCAAAACUGGAAAGCACGGUCAUGCCAAGGUUCACCUUGUUGGAAUUGAUAUUUUCACGGGCAAAAAAUAUGAAGAUAUUUGUCCCUCCACUCACAACAUGGAUGUUCCAAAUAUUAAGAGAAAUGAUUAUCAACUGAUAUGUAUUCAGGAUGGUUACUUAUCCCUGCUGACAGAAACCGGUGAAGUUCGUGAGGAUCUUAAGCUGCCAGAAGGUGAACUAGGUAAAGAAAUAGAAGGAAAAUACAAUGCAGGUGAAGAUGUACAGGUGUCUGUUAUGUGUGCAAUGAGUGAAGAAUAUGCUGUAGCCAUAAAGCCCUGCAAAUAAAUGGGAACAUCAGGCAUGAGCAAAAUGUUAGGUCUGGAUCAACCACAGAUCUAAAGUUUGGGUCUAAGUUGUCACCAAAGCUAUGGCCUUCAUAAGCCACCUCAUUUUUUUAAAUUGUUUUGAAAUUGUACUCAGUUUUGUAGGCAAUUGGUAAUUUAAAAUCAUCAAGUUUGUAAUUCUUUUUUUUUUUUUUAAUUUUGUAGGUGUCUUUCCUAUAACUUUCCUGUGGUUUUCAGUGAGUACAAGAAAUAGAUAAGAUGGCUUCAGCAGAUAUGAUUUGUCUGAGCAAAUCAUUCCUGAAUUUUAGUUGAUAGAUAAACCAGGGCUUAAAAUCAGACAAUGUAGCAUCUAGUGGUAUCAAAGUACCACAUUUAAGUUGAAUUGUUCUGCAUUAAUUUCAGACCUAAUAUAGAAUGAGUUGAUUAUGGAUUGGAAUUGUCACAGUUUCAACCUGUGUGUGGCAAGCACAAAUCCUUAACCAAAAAUCAUGUUAUCAAAAAGUGUCAGUUUUCUUAGUAGGCAUGUGCAGCCACCUGUAUUACCUCAGUCAUACUUUCCUUUGCCAAAUUGUUGCAAGACUAAACAUAACCUUAUAUGUAGUGAUUUUGCUACCUGCUCAUAGUUGACAGACAUUGAACUAUAGAUUGACUGUUAUUAGCAAGUCAGAUUACAAAGGAGGAGUCUACAGGGGACAGUGGCAAAGGGGAUUGGUUAGAGCUAUAGGUUUUUACUUGAGGCCUGUGUAACUGGCAUAAAAAUAGAAAGUUUCUUUCUAGUUAUGUUUUUGCUUUUUGUUCUCUCUCUGUAUUUAAAGGAGUGACCUGCUUUAUAGGAUGCUAUGCAGUGCUCUUUAUCAAUAUGUUGAAUAAAUUGUUGGUAUUUA